UCCACAAGCCGGGCCGGGCCGGGCCGGGCCGGGCUGGGCCGCCCAGGACGCCAAAGCUGCCGUGGCGGCCGAGAGGGCUGGUCUGGCGUGCACAGGCCCCACGCCAGAUUGGGUCUUGAGGUCUGCUGUGCAGGCCGCGCUCCCUGAGUCGCGGCGGCAUUGAAAGACCGAGGCUGCCGGCGUAGUGGCAUAGCCGGACCGGGAGGACUAGGAAGCGACCGCGCUGGGGCGCUGGCCUCUCUAAGGCCAGGGCCGACGUAUGCAUGGCGCAGUGACGGCUCCUGCUGCUCCGCCGGCUCCCCGGCUUUGGGCGAGGCCGCCAGGCCUCCACCCCGACCGCUCGACCGCCGCUGCCGCCGCCGCCGCCAUGGCUAAUGACAGCGGCGGGCCGGGCGGGCCAAGCCCGAGCGAGCGAGAUAGGCAGUACUGCGAGCUCUGCGGGAAGAUGGAAAACCUGCUGCGCUGCAGCCGCUGCCGCAGUUCCUUCUAUUGCAGCAAAGAGCACCAGCGCCAGGACUGGAAGAAGCACAAGCUCGUGUGCCAGGGCAACGAGGGAACCCCGGGCCACGGAGCGAGCCAGCACCAGCAGCCGGGCUCCGCGCCGUCGCCGACCGCUCCUCAGCCCAGGGGUGGUAGGGCUGGGGGCAGGGAAGUCAGGAAGGGGCCGCGGCGCCCGGACAGUGCCGCCGCCGAUUCUGCGGGCUCGUCGGCCGCCGGAGACGCCUCUAAGGCAAAGGCGAAAGCCAAGGCCAAGCCGGCGGCGGAGCCCGCGCCGGUCGCGUCCCCGCCGCGCGCGGUUCCCGGCGCCCAGGGCCUGGCCACGGCGGUGGAGCCCGAGCCCACGAAGGAGGAGCCGCUGGCCCGCUCGCCGCUCUGCCAGAAGGCGAACUUGUUGUACCCACCGAGCAGCACGAUGGGUGAGGGACUGAGCCACGGCGGCGGCCUGCGGUCCAACGGGCAGACGAAGCCACUGCCGGCGCUGAAGCUAGCGCUGGAGUACAUCGUGCCCUGCAUGAACAAGCACGGCAUCUGUGUGGUGGACGACUUCCUGGGCAAGGAGACUGGGCAGCAGAUCGGCGACGAGGUGCGCGCCCUGCACGACACCGGCAAGUUCACUGACGGGCAGCUGGUUAGCCAGAAGAGCGACUCGUCCAAGGACAUCCGAGGCGAUAAGAUCACCUGGAUCGAGGGCAAGGAGCCCGGCUGUGAAACCAUCGGGCUGCUCAUGAGUAGCAUGGACGACCUGAUCCGCCACUGUAAUGGAAAGCUGGGCAACUACAGAAUCAAUGGCCGGACGAAAGCCAUGGUUGCUUGUUAUCCAGGCAAUGGAACAGGUUACGUACGUCAUGUUGAUAAUCCAAAUGGAGACGGAAGAUGUGUGACAUGUAUAUAUUAUCUUAAUAAAGACUGGGAUGCCAAGGUAAGUGGCGGCAUACUUCGAAUUUUUCCAGAAGGCAAGGCCCAGUUUGCUGAUAUUGAACCCAAAUUUGAUAGACUGCUGUUUUUCUGGUCUGACCGCCGUAAUCCACAUGAAGUACAACCAGCUUACGCUACAAGGUACGCAAUAACUGUUUGGUAUUUUGAUGCAGAUGAGAGAGCACGAGCUAAAGUAAAGUAUCUAACAGGUGAAAAAGGUGUGAGGGUUGAACUCAAUAAACCUGAUUCAAUCAGUAAAGACAUUUUGUAGAACCUCUGACCCAGCAAUACCCUACUUCACCUACAAUUAUUGUUGAUCCUAUUUGUAAACUUGUGAAUAUGAAUUAAUUGGAUAAAGAAAAAUAGACCACCAGUUGACAUACUAAGGAAACAGAAACAACCUUUUUGUGUUGCAUCAAACAGAAGACUUGACUGUGUGGCUUUGUACUGCAUGAUUGACUACAAACUUGUGAUUGCUUAUGGGAAGAAUAUAAGCUAUCAAAUGAAAAUGGUAUUUAUGUCUGGACAUAAAAUAAAUGCUGUAGGGUAGAAUUGUUUCAUUCUUUUAUAUUUUAUCAAAACUGUCAUCUAGCUGAGUUCACUUCAUCUUUCCCUUUUUUAUAUAGUCAAGUUUGAAUUUGAAAUAAUUUUUGUAUAAUCAGGUACAAUUUAUCAAAACUGAAUUGAGAAAAAUUACAGUAUUAUUCCCCUAAAUAGCAUCAAUCUAUUUUUGUAAACUUCUUCAUACUAUUAAAUUUUGCCCUGAAAGACAUCUUGUAAUGAUUGUUGCCAGUGACUGACUAAUUUUCUUUUAACGUAGAAUAAAAAAGUGAGCACUUUAAUUAUCAAUUAGAAGAAUCAGAUUAUUUUAUAGUCCUGCCUCACACUAAUUUGAACUCUUAGAGAUUGCUGCUGCUGUUUUUUUACAUUGUUAAUAAUGAAACGUAACCAUAAAACCAUCAUAAUUUACUACCAAUAACCUUUAGUUUGUGUUUUAUAAGAAAAAAACUAUAUAGUAAAGUUUUGUAUUUUUUAAGUUAAUUUAAAAAAAUAGUGACUGGCACUAAAUGAACUUGAGGUUAUUCUCAUCAUCAAGUUCCAAACACAAAGGGCUUUCUUAUACUUUUCAGGUGUAUCCUAUAGAUUUAGAAGAUAAUGGCCUGUCUUUAAGACUUUAACUUUUGUUUCCUUUCAAGUUGAUUGUAUUUCCAGUUAUACUGUUGUUCUUUUCCUACUCCUAUGACCUAUGUGAUCUGCAGAUCAGAACCUGUUUCUGUUGAAUAGUAACAAGAGGAGACUGAUAUAGUUACUACAGAUUUAAUAUUUUAGUGACUCUUCAGACUUGGCUGAGGGAGGCAAUAUGAUGUUGCCCUCUUUUAUCAGUAGUGAAAGAUACAUUUUGCCUGGGGAAAAAAAAAAGAAACAAGUGUAUUUUUGUUUGUUAAUUUUCUUUUUUUACUUUUCAGAAAAGAGGAAAUAUUAUAGAAUCAUGCAAAACUCCCCAAAUUUCUGCUGUUUCAUGUAUGAAUUAUAAUGGAUGUCAUAGACUUCAGUUUACUAGGCUCCUUAGGUUUGAAUGAUGGGUGUAAGACCUUGCCCACUUCAUUUUUCCAGCUCUGUUCUUGAUCUUCUUCGCCAAAAUAAUGUGAGUGUACAGAAAUAUUUCUGUAUAUUUUAACUUAAUGAACAUUUUAGCAUCUGUAUAGCUUGUAUUCAAUUAGAGACCUUUUCUAUGGAAAGCUCAGUAAUUUUUAUUAAAAGAUUGUUAUUGUUCAUGUAAAACAUGAAAAAAAUUGUGUUAGUGGAACUGACAGUAUGAACUUAAGGUGGGAUGAAAUAUUUAGUAUUGUGGUCUCGCUUAGGAGAAUUUGCAGGAGAAAAUUACAGUUUGUUAUUCUUGCCCAUGUUAAGUUUUGUUCCAUCCCUCUCCUUGUUCAAAAUAAUAAAACAUAACAUCUCUACAAUAA